AUGGCGACUACUAAGGGUAAAAGUGUGGCUGCUGAGUCAGCAACGCUUGAAUUCCUAUUGGAAAGGAGGCGCAUCAAUCGGCAGAGAUACACCAAGUUGGAGAAAUCCUUGUUCCGAUAUUAUGAUGAUGUUCUUCCAGCAUUAGACGAUGAUGACCGUUCACCCGAGAAUGAGAUUAAAGUGAGGGCAGCCAUGUCUGCCAGAGAACAGUUGAAGUCAGCCUACAUGGACUUGCAAGAUACUCAAGACCAAGUGGAUUAUCACAGAGAUAACGAGGAGAGGCUGAACGCUAUGUCUGACGACCAGAGGAGAAGAGAAGAUGAAGAAGAGCAAGUACAAGGUCUACGUCAAAAAACGGAGGUUCCCAAGAGUGUAGGACUUGUCAAGGCCAUUACAGGUCCAAAGGAGAUAUUGAUGCAAUCCACUCUAGCAAGAAUCGAAUCACGAGGAGCAAUUUCAGUAGCGAGAAUCUUAUUUGAUACAGGCAGCGGUGUAUCAUUCAUAAGUAACAAGAUGGCAAGAAAACUGGACUUGCGAGGACCCAAGGUUGAGGCAGAAUUUUCACUAGCCGGUGGUAACCAGAUGAGAUUGAAAACAGAGAGAGUUAAGUUUCAUCUAUCAAGCGCUAUUCCUAAUUGGAAAGGUGAGGAAUUUGAGAUAGAGGCCUACACAGUUGAUCAGCCUAGCAUGGACCUCAACUGCGUGAGAGUAGAUUUGUCAAAGCUGCAACACUUACAGGGAUUGCAGAUAGCAGACACAUACCCCCGUGAAUCGGCUGAAAUUGAUGUUAUGUUGGGGCUAGAGGAUACCACAAACAUCUUACUGCCUGUGAGAAAAACUGGACCACCAGGAAUGCCAACUGCCACAAAGAGUCAUUUUGGAUGGGUACUUUCAGGUAUCUGCCCAGUAGAGGAGCCAAACCAACGACAUGGAAAGAUUGGUAUGGUAAACACGUGUCAUAGAGUUUCCUUGGAGAAUGAAACUGACUUUGCAGCCAGACAUUGGGACCUAGAACACUUGGGAAUAUUACCUAAUGAGGUCAAGCACCAAGCCACAGAAUUGGAGACUGAUGCAUUGCAGCAGCAUCUUGAUAAUACCAAACUCGUAGAUGGUCAUUACGUCACAGGUUUGAUUCGCCAUCCGGACUGGAAGGACAAGUCUUUAGAAUCAAAUCGAACCUUAGCAGAGAAACGUCUCGAGGGGUUGGAAAGAAGACUACAGAGGGACCCAGACUUGGGAAAGGCCUACCAAGAACAGAUCCAAGAGUUAGUUGAUAAAGGGCGUGCCGAGAAAGUUGAGGAAUUGGAGAAACAAGCGCAAGCAAUAUGGUACUUGCCUCAUCACCGUGUUGUUAGAAUGGAUAAAUCAACCACAAAGGUGCGUGUUGUGUUUGACGGCUCCGCCAAAGGACCAGAGGGGGUGUCACUAAAUGACACAUUGUUGAGUGGACCAGCACUGCAGCCCGACCCACUUGCCAUACUCUUGCGUUUCAGAAAACAUAAAGUAGCGCUUGUAGCAGAUAUAGAGAAAAUGUUUCUUCAAAUCGGCAUGCAAACUGGAGAUCAAGAUCUACAGAGAUUCUUAUGGCGUGACAUGGACACUAGUAAAAAACCUGAUGUUUACAGGCUGAAAACAGUAACAUUUGGUCUGAAAUCAUCUCCAUUUUCGAGUAUCAAAACUGUAGUGGACCAUGCACUCACACAGACAAAGGAAUACCCAAAGGCUACUGAGGAAAUAACAGAAAAUAUUUUCGUGGAUGAUGUACUGUCUGGAGAAGACAAUACCACAGCAGCAGCAAGCUUAGCAGUAGACAUGAAAACAGUCUUGAAAUCUGGAGGAUUCCCACUCAGGAAAUUUGUGUCCAACAAACCAGAAGCUUUGGCUGGAUUAGAGGAGUCAGAUCUUGCCUGUGGUAUAGUAGUCGUCACUGAGGAACAAUUUACUACAAAAACGUUGGGGAUCAAGUACAUUCCUAAAGAGGACGUACUAAUGUUUUCCUUUUGCGAGAGGAUGGAAAAUGUACCCUGUGAAACUCGUAGGACUGUUUUACAACAACUUCAUCGAAUUUACGACCCGAUGGGUUUGUUAGCACCGUUCACUUUGGUAGCCAAGCGGCUAUUCCAACAGUCCUGGAUGGAUCGUACUGACUGGGAUGAGAAGUUAUCUGAUGAACUUCAUCAGAACUGGGUACGUUGGAAGGAGCAAGUUUCUGAUCUGGAUCAGAUAAAGGUCCAGCGAUGUAUAGUUCCUGAGAGCUUCACUCAACCUAGAUUCACACUGCAUGGUUUCGGUGAUGCGUGUGUAGCAGCAUAUGGAGGAGUAGUUUACGUCAGGGUUGAGGACUUGCCAACAGGGAGAGUGCACACAGCUGUACUGUGCUCUAAAACUAGAGUGUCACCACUUGGAAAGAAGAGAAGCUUACCAGAGCUAGAGCUCAUGGCUGCGCUAAUCACAGCACGUUUGGUAAACUACGUUCAACGUGAAAUCAAGUUGGAAAUAGAGGAUGUACACUGCUGGACUGACUCACAAGUAGUACUUGCCUGGAUUAGCAAACCUGCCUACACUUGGCAGACGUUCGUUGCCAAUCGCGUGAGUGAGAUACAGAAUCUAGUACCACCUAGGAAGUGGAGUCAUUUGCCAGGGAAAAUUAACCCCGCUGAUCUAUGCUCGAGAGGAUGUUCUGCUGAAAGCUUAGUUAACUCGCAACUCUGGUGGGAAGGGCCAGACUUCCUAAGAAAAGAAGAAGAAAGUUGGCCAAAACAGCGAAUUGACACAGCUGAACUGGAAUUGGCUGAACAGAAGAAAAAACCCAAGACUUUCUCAGCACUGCAAGUCAAAGAGAAAACAACUGACCAAACCAAAAGUGAGCAGCUGAAACUAGUGGAGAAAUAUGAGAGUUACCACAAGUUUCUGAGAGUGAUGAAUAGAGUCCGAAGCUUAAAGUACCGAGUGAGGACAGGAGAUGGGCAACAUGUUCGAGAAGAAAAUGCAAUCUUGACUCUCACUGAUCAAAGAGAAGAGGAGUUGUAUUGGUUACGUUGGGCUCAAACAAGCAUUUUCAGUGGAAAUUCAAGCAGUACAGAAUAA